AUGGAGGAUUCAAAAACACUUCCUGAACUUUUUAUUGAUGAGAAUGAGGAACUUCACAUUGAAGAUAAUUUGGUUGAGUCAUCUAAUGAUGGUUCUGUGGUAAUUAAGAAGCGUAGGAGGAUGACUUUCAAGGAGAUUACUGAUGAUCAAGGGACCUACAACACUCACAGUGAUUUUGCUAAAGUCUUCAUUCAACACUUCAACAAUCUCUUUAACUCUGCUGGUUCUGAAUGCUUGAACAUUGAUACCACUCUCAUUCCAACUGGAACUGUGAUCCCUCCACACAUGAUCUCUGCCCUCACUGCUCCUGUUACCAUGGAUGAGAUUAAAGAUAUUGUUUUUUCUGGAAAGCCAAACUCUGCGCCUGGACCAGAUGGAUUCACACUGGAAUUCUAUAGAGCAACUUGGAAUGUAAUCCACCCUCAACUGUGCAAAGCUAUCAUAUCUUUUUUCAACACUGGUUUUAUGCCCAAUCAAGUAAAAGCCACAGCCAUUGCCCUCAUUCCAAAGCACCCUCAUGCCAAUAAUCCAAACACAAGUUCUUCUGUGCCAAAUUUGAUAUCACCAAAGCAUUUGACACAGUUUCUAGAGAAUAUCUUUAUAGAAGACUUGAAGCUAAAGGUUUCCCUCAAAUGUUCAUCUCCUGGAUCAUGGCCUGUACUUCUAAUGUACAUUUCUCUGUCUGCAUUAACGGUGUGCUUGAGGGUUAUUUUAACUCUACUUCGGGGCAUUUCUGCAGAUAACUGUGAGGUUUUCCAUCUCAUGUUUGCUGACGACCUCCAUGUUUUCGGAUCUGCUACCACAGCUAAUGCCCACACUCUCAAUUCCAUCCUUAAGGUUUUUGCCUCUGUUACUGGACUGAAUGUAAAUCCUCAAAAAAGCACUAUUUUGAUAUCCAAAAAUUGCCCUCUAGAUGUGGACAUCUGCACUAUUCUCAACAUUCAGCAAUCUUUAAUUCCCAUCAAAUAUUUGGGAUUGCCUAUCUUUUAUAAGAAACUGAAACUAAAAGAUUUCCAGCCACUUCUGGGCAAAAUUUCUAAACAAUUAGAGGGGUGGAAAGCUAAAACUUUGUCACUAGCCGGAAGAAUACAAUAUAUCAAAUUCACAAUUUGCAACACCAUUGCCUACUGGAUAAGAGGCUCCAUCAUAACUAAAGGUGUUUCCAAGCAGAUAAAUCGUUUGUGCGCUCGUUUUACUUACUUUGGCAGUAUCACUCAGAAUAAACUUUUUACUGUGUCUUGGAAAAACACCUGUUGUCCAAAACAGUAUGGGGGUUUGGGAAUCCCGUCUAUUGAUUCUCUCUGUCACAAUUAUGCUUGUUCAGUCAUUUGGAGGUUCCUUAAUACUAACAGCCUCCUAUUUAGUUGGUGGAGAGCUAAAUACUAUUCCCUUUGGAACUAUACUUCGGCUAAUAAUGCUCAAUAUUGGGAUUUGCUUUGUAAGAAAGCUAGCUGCAUAAAAAAUUGUAUUUCUUUUUCUGUUUUCCCAAGUAGCAGCCUUUUUGUGAUAUGGGACCCUUGGUGUGGGGGACAUUCCAUUGCUGAUUACCUGAAGACCUCUAAUUCUAUUGCCAACUACUCCAGUUUCUUUAGCUGGAAAGUUUCUAAUAUUAUUCUAGGGGAUAAUUGGAAUCUGCCUCAGUCUUUUGAAAACAACAUCAUCUCUCUUAUUAAGGCUAUUCCCAUCAGUCAGGUGGAAAAUCAUUUCUGGUUUGGUAAACAAAAUCCUGUGUUUGCUGAUUUUUCUAAACAGUUUUUUAGUAAUUUGAGCAAAGUUCCCUGGUACAAAUAUGUUUGGUAUAAACAUCAAGCCCUUAGAUACUCGGUGUAUGUCUGGCUUGCUUUUAAAGAUGGUUUAAAAACUACGGAUAUUUUGGCAAAGAGAGGGAUUAACACUUCUUACAAGUGCUGUUUCUGUCACGAUGAUAUGGAAACCAUUUCUCAUCUCUUUUUCGAGUGCAGAUUCACUUUUGACAUUGCAAAAUAUUUUUUGCCUUGGCUGAAUGAUCUUCUUAUGAGGCCAAACCUGUAUCAGUUAUACAAUUCUAUUUUUGAGCAAAGGAUUUUAAUCCAUAACAGAAACUACUAUCUUCUCUCUACCUCUACUAUCAUCUACUUCUUAUGGAGAGCAAGAAAUGAUAGGAUAUUUGGUGGUAUUGUUGAUAGUCAAACCACAGUGAUUACAAAAAUUAGAAAAGCAUUCACUCUUAAAACUAUCGGCUGGCGCAAUGUUUGA